AAUUGAAUGACGGAAAUAAUCUACAAAAAUUAUGAAGAUCUGCGCUGAUUCUAGAUAAAGAUCCAGAUCUUUAAUUUAAAACUCAAUUUCUAAUCGUACCGCGCGUCGAUCAUAUUCUUGAAGGAAACAAAAUCUCAUGAAUGGAAGUAGAAUCUAGAUCUAGAAUCUAUAUCUAGAGUCUAGUUCAAGAAGUCUAGUACUGUUAGUCUACUACUAGAUUCUAGAGAUGGAUGAAAACAGAAAAGCCUCAUAUUCUAGACAUUCUAGAGUCUAGAGUCUACUACUACUAGAUCUACUAGCUACUAUUCAAUUUAUUCAAUUACGGUAACAAUUAAAAUGUUGAUUCAACAUCUGUAAUUUACUAGAUGUCACCUAACAAUGGAAUUACAGACUAGAUUGAAUUCCAACUUAAGUGAACCAAAUAGGAAUAACAUUUUGCAAUGCCAGUUUCAAGCAGAGAUGAAAAGUAAUUUGAUCCAAACUUCAUUAAAUUCUAAUUGUGUAAUUCUGCCUGAUAACCAAAGAUUAGGUGCAGUUCAUCAGGAUUUGGCUGUCGGCGAUCCUCUUAGAAUGUCAGCUAAAAGUGUUAACCAACCAACCUCAAGGCCAAUAGUUAUAGGAAAUUUAGCAGGAGCUGGUUUAUUGACUUCUCUCAACAAACUUGAACAAGGCAAGUCUUUAGGGUUAUCUCAGGAGUCUUCUUUGAUAAACCGCCCAAUAAUCAAUUUUAUUCCUGUUAUUCUGCAAAAGCCAACCCCACUUGCACCAAAAGAAUUUUCAAAUACUGCUGAGCAAACAAAUAUAUUUGUCCAGAAAGUGGAGAAACAUCCGGGGAAUACAUUUCCAGGAGAAAAGUCUGACUCAGAACAUAUAAAUAUUUUUAAACCAUCACUAUCUUCAUCAGAUACAUUGAUCAUUAACUCACCAGCAGAAAGCAACAGCGGCCCAGCUAAUAUGCCAACUUACAGCUCAGCCUAUUCAUAUCCUAACAGUUUAGUAAUCAACAGCAAGUCAGCAGUAAAUGAAAGCUCUUUUAGUUUGAUCAGAGACUUAUCAGAUAAAUCCAUUUCUCUUGAAAGUAUUCCAACAGUAACAUUAUUUAAAUCUGAUGGUAUAGAGCUUCAGGAAGUCAGCAAUGAUGUAAUAGGUCAGCAGGUAGUGGAACUCGAGUCAGCAAACUCUCCAACAUUACACAGAAUAACAAUAGUGGGUAAUAACCAAAUUCCAACCUCUAUUUUACAGUUGAUAAAACAAGAAAAAGAGAACAGUAAUUCUUACUCUAGUUCAAAUAGUGAUGUUCAAGGCAGCAGUAAAGGGAGAAAACUACCUGAAGAAACCUCUCAGCAGGUAGACAACUCUGACACAGAAACUGAUAAUGAUGACACGGUCUUUGAAUCUUGUCCCCAAUCCAAAACCAAAUUACAAAAAGCUGACACUCUCAUUUUAAGAACUGAAGAAAGUAAUACAGUGUCAAAGUCCUCCUCUCUUACUACUGCUGCAACAAUUAUCUUACCAACAGAACCAGAACUCAGGCAUUCUAACACAGAAGAUAAAAUAUCUGAAGGCUUCAGCUUCAGUUCUUUGUCCAUAGGCAGUGCUAUCAGCAUGGAUACUGCUUUAGAAAGUUUGCCUUUGACCUUUGAUAACAACACCAGCAAGUCAUCAAGAGAUUCAAAAUUAACAAUUGGAGUAAGUGAACCUAUGAAUAGAUCAUUAUAUCUGAUGACUGGUGAUGGCCAGUUAACCGCAGUUAGGCUGAUUACGUCAGAUCUUUGUGAUAUCUCACUGUUAAAUCAAAUAGGGUUGAUGAGCAACUGUUUUGUCAACUCACCAUCCCAUUAUCCUGAUUCAGGAUCACCUGCUGAGGGGAAUGUUAAAAUUGUUGAAGUCAAAGAGACACAGACAGAACUAGCAUUUGGUGCAAACAACAUUUUGUUUAAAUCUCUAGACCAAGGUUUUAGUAAUGACAGUUUGUAUAACAUCGAGGCUGUUUCAAGCUCUAAAUUACCAGAUCAGAUGGAUAAUUCCUCCUCUUCUCUUACAAUGAUUUCAGAAAGUUAUAUCCCUAAGUCCAAUACACAUCCCACUAUAGACAUUCUACAAGAAGCUGUUAUCCCUCAGUGCAUAUCAAUUACUGGCUCUUUACAACCCCACAGCCAAGAUUUAAAGUAUGGCUCCAUGCCAUCACAUACCCCUGAGCCUCAUUUACCAGACCCUUCUUCAUUCAACAUAUCUGCUGAUAGUCGCAAAUUCAAGUGCAUGCAGUGUGAGGAAAUUUUCAGCAAUAAAGGAGAGUUAGACAAACAUGGAAAAUCACAUGUCCAGUUUUUUAAGUGUGAUUUAUGCAAUGCUAAAUUUAACAGACUGGGCAACUUUACAAGACACAGAAAAAUUCAUAAUCUGCAACCUGGGAAUCCAAACCUUUUUAAAUGUAAUGACUGUGGUCGUGAGUUCUUACAGCGCUGUGAUUUGAAACGCCAUUUACUAAUUCAUACCAAACAAGAACCAUAUCGUUGUGAAAAAUGUGGUAAAGGCUACAUACGACACAGUGAUUUGGUGGUCCAUUUAAGAUUUCAUAAUAAAGACAAAGCUUUUAAAUGCACAAUGUGUGAUAAAAAAUUCUUUCAGUCAGGGGAUCUUGGUAGACAUGUCAGAAAAGCUCAUAAACCAAACAGCCAACUGACCUGUGGUCAUUGUGAACGCAAGUACGCCUGUGAAACAACACUUUUACGUCAUAUGAAAGCCAAGCAUAAAGACAUUAUAAUGCAAACAAUUAAUCAAAGGCUCAAAGAAACUGAGCUGUGUGAUAAAAAUCAGACCAUAAACAGCACAGAGGUGUUUUUUACACUACCACAGACCAAUUAAAGGCCAAGAAGAAAAAUAUAGAAGAAACAUACAGUUAAUUUAUCCUUAAGUUAUUGUUAUAGAUACCGUUAAAAUAAAAAAGUUCAUGAUGAUUUCAUUUAUUACAGUUGUAUGUAAUCUCGCAUAACUUUAUUUAAUUAUGUGAUCAAAGCUCAAAAUGUGUUUUAUCUUUAAUCUGUUUGAGCUGUACGUAACAUAAAAUAAAUAAUUAUUAUCAUCGCAAUAAGAUUUGCUACGCAUGAAGGAUUCAAUGUAUUUUCUUCUCAAAUUAAUACGUGAUAAAACUGGAAUAGAAUUUCAUAAUUGUAGUUACUGGUAGCCCUUUAAAUUGUAUUUAUUAUAUUUUCCAAGGCGUGUGAUAUAACUUAAUCAUUUAAUUAAUUUAACUCUGCUUUGUUUUUUAAAUACAUGUGUGUCUAUUUAAGUGUGUGUAUAUAUACAUAUAUGCCUACACUCAAGUGUGAUAUGCUUAUGUUGCUUGUUAUUGAUUUUAUUUUAAAUUGAUUUAACUAUUUUAAAAUACUGGUAUGCCUGAUAUACAUAUGUUUUAAACUUUAAAACUAAAUAUUUUUGAAUUUUGAUUGUGCUAUAUUAUUUAAAUACAAAUUUACGCAGUUCAACAGUAUCCAUUGGUUACAGAAGUGAUGCCACACUUUUAUUGUAUAAUGACCUUGAACCUGGUGAAUCUAACCAGAAUUGUUCAUGGCCAUGACAAGACAGCUGUCUUGUAGAAAAAAAAAUUUCUUGUUUUUAUCAAACAAUAAAGGUGUUGUAACUUUUGCAAAGAUAAUGAAAAGAUGAUGUUCAAGUAUACCACUGGUAAA